UAUAUUUUCUUUUGCUGUUGAAUGUGCAAUCUGUUCUGUGUAAUCUUUGCAAUCUUUUCUAUUUCUUGUGAGUAGUGACACUGUCUGAGUAGAUUAUUGCGUUUGAUGAAUCUGGUGGUGGGCUUGGUUAAGGUGGUUUGUGUUUAGGAAGUGGUGUGUAAUAUGGUGGUUAGGUUGCUUUUGUAUGGUUAAAGAGAUGUGUGACGAUUGUCAUGAUUCCUUGCAUUGUGGUUAUGUGUGUGAGUGCUGACUUAUAUGUGUUUGGAAGGUUGUGGUUACCUGUGUUGAAUCCAGGUUUUAAACUGUUUAUGUAAGUAAUUUUUGUGGAUGUAUGUUUCAGAUGGCUAUGAAGCCAUGAGGGAGUUAAGGUAGAAGAACCUGAAGUUCUGGCAUGCUCUCCUAUUGAGAGAACACUAAGAACCUUUUCCUUUGUUUCUUUUAUGUAUUAAUAAUGCUAUUUUAAUAUUCUGUCAAGCAGAUGAAAUUGCUGGAUAUAAAGCAGCUUUGGUCUUUACUCAGAAAUCAUUCAGAUCUGAUACAACAUUUUCUAAUUUGUGGCAGGUAGAAGAGUGAAAGAGAAAAGGAUCGGAGUCAUUUGUACAAAAUGCUUCAGCACCAAAUUGUGCAAUCCCCUGCUAGGCUAGGCCUCACAAACCCGAAUUCACCAUCCAUUCCGAAUCCUACUCCCCCAAAGCUCCCUCCGUCACAGAGCCAUCAUCACCAGCCCCACCUAGACCGCCACGCAGCUGGCCCUUCUGCAGCUCUGCUCUCUCUUCUCCCACCUCUCCCUCGAGCACAAGCACUUCUUCAACAAAUGGCUUCCUUAACUUCUAAGCUCUUUGAAGUUUCACCCAACAGGUCGCUUUGGGUCACUGCAUUCCGAGGAUCCAUCCCCACCUUCCUUUCUACCCAAGGCCAAGCUCAUUCAUCUACCCCACAUGAUUCUUCUCCUUCCACAACCAAAGAAGUUAUUUCACAAUUCACUAUUCUUCAAACUCAGAUCUUUGAAGCUGUCGCUGAACUCCAAGAGAUUCUUGAUCUGCAAGAUGCUAAGCAGAAGAUUGAUCGGGAAAUUCGCUCAAAAGAUUCAGCACUUCUUGCAUUUGCCAACAAACUCAAAACUCAAAGGCGGUGUCUCGACAUUCUUGUUGAUGAUUACUCUGAUUAUCGCCGCAGCACCAAGAGGUUGAAAUCAGGAGAUGACAGUGAAGAUGAUUCUUUGACAUCCUCAACUGUCUCAUCCCAGCUGAAGCUAUCAGAUAUAUUAUCAUAUGCUCACCGGAUAAGUUAUACAACCUUUGCGCCACCAGAAUUUGGAGCUGGGCAAGCUCCUUUGCGUGGUGCACUGCCACCUGCGCCACAAGAGGAGCAAAUGAGAGCUUCACAGUUAUAUAACUUUGCUGACCUUGAUGUUGGAUUGCCUAAAGUUGUUGAAACGAAAGAGAAAACAAUUGAGGCCAUUAUUGAGCCUCCACCUCCACAGCAAGUGGAUGCCAAUUUGUCUGCAAUUCAAGGGUUGCUUCCACCAAAUUUUACAGUUCCGCCUGGCUGGAAGCCUGGAAUGCCUGUGCAAUUGCCUAUUGAUCUUCCACUUCCCCCACCUGGGUGGAAACCUGGGGAUCCUGUGCCAUUGCCACCCAUGGACUCACUUCCUGCACCAAGGUUUGAGCAGCAACAAGUACCCCAUCACAUCCCUCAGCCUAAGCAACCUGAAGUCAUUCAAGUGCAGCAUGUUAAUUUGGAUCUUGACGGUAGUGAUAGUAGCGAUUACAGCAGUGAUGAAGCCAGCUCUGAUGAUGAAGAUUGAGAAAAUGAUGAAGCUCAUUAGCUCAAACUGACAAUUGUACAGGCAUAACAAAUUCGUACGUCCAUGUUGUAGCAAGAGUGGUUUUGUCUAUGAAGGUGAUGAACCUGCAUGGCAGGCUAGGUUUCUAGACCAACCCCGAAGGCUUCUUCUGUGGAAAGGUCUAGCAAGCAGCUAGUUUGACAAUGUUUCCUCUAUAUUAUGUCUCUGUUUUCUGUUUAGGUGAAUGCUCCGAGUCCGAGUACCUAAUGUUCUAUAUAGUAAGAGAGCAUUCACUGUGUGUUCAUCAGUUCAUCCAACUUGUUCAGAAAAUGUACACCUUAGUUCAUAUUAUUUAUUUUUCUUUUCAUUAUGAACCCCAAAGUGUAAAGCAUUUUGCCAUUUGAUAUGGUUAGAAAUCUUCCAAGGAAAAUUCGUUGAUGAUA